AGGAGCAGGGAGUGGGGGAGACCUGUCAUGGAAGAGGGCUUCAGAGACCGGGCAGCUUUCAUCCGUGGGGCCAAAGACAUUGCCAAGGAAGUCAAGAAGCAUGCAGCCAAGAAGGUGGUGAAGGGCCUGGACAGAGUCCAGGACGAAUAUUCCCGCAGAUCCUACUCCCGCUUUGAGGAGGAUGAUGAUGACGAUGACCUCCCUGCUCCAGCUGAUGGCUAUUACCGUGGGGAAGGGGCCCAGGAGGAGGAGGAAGGUGGCGUCUCCAGUGAUGCCACAGAGGGCCACGAUGAGGAUGAUGAGAUCUAUGAGGGGGAAUAUCAGGGCAUCCCCCGGGCAGAGUCUGGGGGCAAAGGCGAGCAGAUGGCAGAUGGAGCACCCCUGGCUGGAGUGAGGGGAGGCUUGAGUGAUGGGGAGGGCCCGCUUGGGGGCCGGGGGGAGGCACAGCGGCGGAAAGAUCGGGAAGAACUGGCCCAGCAGUAUGAAACCAUCCUCCGGGAGUGUGGCCAUGGCCGCUUCCAGUGGACACUCUACUUCGUGCUUGGUCUGGCGCUGAUGGCUGAUGGUGUUGAGGUCUUUGUGGUGGGCUUCGUGCUGCCCAGCGCUGAGAAAGACAUGUGCCUGUCUGACUCCAACAAAGGCAUGCUGGGCCUCAUCGUCUACCUGGGCAUGAUGGUGGGAGCCUUCCUCUGGGGCGGUCUGGCUGAUCGGCUGGGUCGGAGGCAGUGUCUGCUCAUCUCUCUCUCAGUCAACAGCGUCUUCGCCUUUUUCUCAUCUUUUGUUCAGGGUUAUGGCACUUUCCUCUUCUGCCGCCUCCUUUCUGGGGUUGGGAUUGGAGGAUCCAUCCCCAUUGUCUUCUCCUAUUUCUCGGAGUUUCUGGCCCAGGAGAAACGUGGGGAGCAUUUGAGCUGGCUCUGCAUGUUUUGGAUGAUUGGUGGAGUUUACGCAGCUGCUAUGGCCUGGGCCAUCAUCCCCCACUAUGGGUGGAGUUUCCAGAUGGGGUCUGCUUACCAGUUUCACAGCUGGAGGGUCUUUGUCCUCGUCUGCGCCUUUCCUUCUGUGUUUGCCAUCGGGGCUCUGACCACACAGCCUGAGAGUCCCCGCUUCUUCCUGGAGAAUGGGAAGCAUGAUGAGGCCUGGAUGGUGCUGAAGCAAGUUCAUGACACCAACAUGCGAGCCAAGGGACAUCCCGAGCGAGUCUUCUCAGUAACCCACAUUAAGACGAUUCAUCAGGAGGAUGAGUUGAUUGAAAUCCAAUCAGACACAGGGACCUGGUACCAGCGCUGGGGGGUCCGGGCAUCGAACCUGGGGGGGCAGGUUUGGGGGAAUUUCCUCUCCUGUUUUGGUCCAGAAUAUCGACGCAUCACUCUGAUGAUGAUGGGUGUGUGGUUCACCAUGUCGUUCAGUUACUAUGGCCUGACUGUCUGGUUUCCCGACAUGAUCCGCCAUCUCCAGGCGGUGGACUACGCCGCCCGCACCAAAUUGUUCCCUGGGGAGCGUGUAGAGCACGUGACCUUUAACUUCACCCUGGAGAACCAGAUCCACCGAGGGGGACAGUACUUCAAUGACAAGUUCAUUGGGCUGCGUCUGAAGUCAGUGACCUUUGAGGAUUCCCUGUUUGAGGAGUGUUAUUUCGAGGAUGUCACAUCCAGCAACACAUUUUUCCGCAACUGCACAUUCAUCAACACCGUGUUCUAUAACACUGACCUGUUUGAGUACAAGUUUGUGAACAGCCAUCUGGUGAACAGCACGUUCCUGCACAACAAGGAGGGCUGCCCGUUAGACGUGACAGGGACGGGCGAAGGUGCCUACAUGGUGUACUUCGUCAGCUUCUUGGGAACGCUGGCUGUGCUCCCUGGGAAUAUUGUGUCUGCCCUGCUCAUGGACAAGAUUGGCAGGCUCCGAAUGCUUGCUGGCUCCAGUGUGAUGUCCUGCAUCUCCUGCUUCUUCCUGUCUUUUGGGAACAGUGAGUCAGCGAUGAUCGCUCUGCUCUGCCUUUUUGGGGGGGUCAGCAUCGCAUCCUGGAACGCGCUGGACGUGUUGACUGUUGAACUCUACCCCUCGGACAAGAGGACCACAGCCUUCGGCUUCCUGAACGCCCUGUGUAAGCUGGCCGCGGUGCUGGGGAUCAGCAUCUUCACGUCCUUUGUGGGAAUCACCAAGGCUGCCCCCAUCCUCUUUGCCUCUGCUGCCCUUGCCCUUGGUAGCUCUCUGGCCCUGAAGCUGCCUGAGACCCGGGGGCAGGUGCUGCAGUGA